AUGUAUCAUCAUCCUCCACCUCCUCACCAUUCGUAUGCUCUGAAUUCUGUCAAUCAUCGAAACUUCAACUCAUUAUCAAUAUCGUCAUUACAAUCACUAAAUACAACACAGACCAUCACGGAUAUAGAAUAUCUCAUUAUUGAGCCAACUAAUGAACCUUGUAAUAAUGAUCAUAAUGAUAUUUAUCAUAUGAAAUGUAUGGACAACGACAGUUUAAGUAUGAGAAACAAUCCUUCCGUUAUCUAUUCUGAAUUCUAUCCACAUCAAAAUGAAUGUAAUACAUCAUUAUCCUAA